CCACCAUGAAGCUGCUCGUCUUACUCCCCAUCGCUGGGGUUGCUGCCAGAGCACACCCGCUCUUGCCACGUCAGGGGAGCGCAGUGCCCCUCGCCACAGCGCCCAAUGCCACCAACUUCACCUCGAUCGAAGUGAUUGACCAUUAUGCCAUAUCGGCCACGACGUGCGAUAGAGGCACAUAUGCCUUUUUUCUCGCAAUCCUGAGCGAGCUAGUGGUGCACGAUAUGACCGUUCGCUUCCUCUUCGGCCAGCCGCGCUACGGGCCGGAAGGCGCCGUGCUCGACAGCGAGCGCACCUUUAUCGACAGGACCUACAGCCUGCAAGACCUGAGAGACGACUCGCAUUUUGGGUCUCGGACUACAAAUGACUUUCUCUUCUAUCCGUUCUUCACAGGGUCCGAGUCGGACAUCAACAAACAGCUGCGCCACGAGCCGUGGAAGCUCAGCCCGAGCAGCGACGCCCCGCCUGGGUUUGUGUUACCCCAGCAGUAUGCCGCCGCGGCGUUUGUCUACGCGCCUGCCUUUUUGCCCAACGGCAGCUCGCCGGGCACCCUCCCACCGGCCGUCAUUAGCAACUUUACCGUGGCCAACGGGCGCAACUGCACCAAGGCCUUCUUGGGCGAGAGCGACGGCGUUGCGCGAGGCCCGCCGGCUGCGAUGGCCCUCCUGCUCGCCCUGGUCCUGUGCGCUGCAGCGGCGCUCCUCGUGUGA